AGGGGAGUAACCAGUUUAUUUGAUGGGUGUUCUUACAACAAUUUGAAUACAAUUUUUUAAUUAAGACAUUUUUUGCAUAUUAUUUAUUCCAGGAAAAACUAAUCCUGUCCCAGAUAUCUUAUUGUAGUUGUUAGCAUGGAGUUAGAUUCCUUAGGCUGGAGGGAAAGCUGGGGGGUAUCACCUGACUGGGAUUAGACAGUUUAGCAUAUUUCUCUAACCUUCUAAAUGCUGAGAAUUGCAAAGGAACCUUCACAAUACCAAGGAGGGCAGUCGGAAUGUCAGAGCUGGACACUGUUGAGAUCAACAAAUGAAGACAUCUAUUUAAAUUAUGCUGAGUACCAUACAUGUGUUUCUUCAUUAAAUACACAACAGGACUUUCAAGCCAUUUCAAUGACAAUCACACAUCACAUCCAGGGUUGGGCUGCAAAUUUGGAACUUGGUGAAUCCAGAGAAACCAGCCUCGUCCAUCAAGAGGAAGGAAUGAGCAGAAAUAAUAGGCCACCCCUCUAUGUCACAUCUGAAGAUGAGGUAAGGUUCUGUAAUCCUGCUUUUGACCCUAUGUCUGAGGUCUGCUUAACAGGAACUAUUACAGAAGAUUCUGUGCCACCAGCCUCCCAGGGCAGCACUGUGUCUAGACCAAGGGGAAUGUGUUGUUCCCUUAGGCCCAACCACAUCAUCAUCAUUGUUAUUACUACACUGCUGAUACUCUUUGUCCUGAUCUUCAGCUUCACAAUGGGAAUCUUGAUUUCCAAACACAAAGGGGAAGAUGUGAGUCUAACUGGUGCAUCACUAGAUAACAACAGUCACAUUUCUUCUCCAGAUACAAGGGAUUUUACAGAAUCCACCUCAACAGUUUGUGGAGGUACAUUGAAUGACCCUGAAGGAUCUUUCAAUUCACCAAACUAUCCAUUCCUUUAUCCUCCUAACUCUCAUUGCUCCUGGAUCCUGGAAGCAGAGCCGGGCCAUCUGGUGCAGUUGAAGAUUAUAGUGUUAGAUGUUGAGGGCUAUGGAAGCUGCCUUAUUGAUUGGCUGGAGCUUAGUGAUGGGAAUACAACACAAAGGUUCUGUGGCUCAGUUGCACCUACCACUUUCAUCUCUGACUCCCACUGGCUAAAAGUUGUGUUUGUAUCAGAUGGAAGUGUAGGGGCCACAGGAUUUCUGGCCACAUACCGGAUAAUAAAGCCGAGUGAGGGGAGCUGUUCAUGGGAUGAGUUCUUGUGUGAUGGAAGACGAUGCAUCCUUCUUCCUGCACUGUGUGAUGGGAUCGCAGACUGCACCGACAAGAGGGAUGAGGAGAACUGCAGUCAGACAAAUUGGGACUGUGGGGGUUCACUAAGCAGCACACAGGGAUCUUUCCAGUCUCCUAAUCACCCUGGAUUCUACCCUGGGAAGAUCAUAUGCCGGUGGCUUCUUUCUGUGGAAGAUGGUCUCAUCAUUAAGCUUCAGUUCCAUAACUUCAGCCUAGAGUCAGAACUAAGAUGCAGAUUUGACUAUGUGGAAAUACAUGAUAGCGCUGGUUUGGGCACGCCCAGCCUUAUGGGGAGGUUUUGUGGGUCUCAGCUUCCUCCAGCCCUUACUUCCUCUGGGCCACAAAUGACUGUUCUGUUUGUAACAGACGAUGAAACAUCCGGAUUAGGUUUUUCUGCUACCUAUCAAGCCAUAAAUAUCACAGAAAAUGAGUGUGAUCCCAGGGAACUGAGAUGUGGUGGUGGUGAAUGUUUGUCUUUGCAGUGGGCUUGCGAUGGGUGGGUUGAUUGUCCAGAUGGAAAAGAUGAGCUGGACUGUCCAGAGACACCAGACACCAAGCCAGAGAUUCCAUGCCAGCCUGUGCAGGUUCCUAUGUGCCAGGGCCUUUCUUAUUCACAAACGGUGUUCCCUAAUCUUUGGGUGUCACUCCAUGAGCAGCAAGCAGCUAGUGAGCUUCUCGCCAGAUACAAGAUCCUUCAGGAGCUGCCAUGUUACCCAGUUUUGAGGCCCUUUUUCUGUGCUUUGCUGGUUCCCAGUUGUUCUGCUGAGGGUGGUGUUUUACAGCCAUGUCGCUCUGUCUGUGUAAAUGCGGAACAACUCUGCUUUGCACAGCUACAUCAGCUUGGGUUAUCCUGGCCAUUUAACUGUGAUUUACUCCCACCUCACAUCCAGCAACCAGACUGUGUCAUUCCCUGAGAGAUUCAAUAUACUUGAGAGGUCACACAAAUACAAAUAUUUGGACAUGCAUUUCUUCCCACCUCUGACCCGCUAAUAUAUAUAAAUAUCUGUUUUAUGAAACCUGACAUUACAGAGCUUACAGGAAACAAUUAUAUCAAGCUUCACAUCAAAGGAUUCCAAACUGUAGGUCUGUUCCCAAUGGGUUCUAUUUAAUUACUCUCUCUCUCUCUUCUAUUCUUUCCUCAUCCCCCCACCCAUUAAUAGCCUUCCCUCAAAUAUCCUCUGUCUCCCCGACUUCUUUAAAGGGGCGGUUCACCUUUAAAUUAACUUUUGAUAUGCUAAAGAAUGACCAACUCUAAGCAGUGUUUCAAUUGGUCUUCAUUAUUUAUUUUUUAUCUUUUUUAAUUAUUUGCCUUCUUCGUCUGACUCUUUCCAGCUUUCAAAUGGAGGUUCAAUGACCUAAAAAAACGCCCUGUAAGGUUAUAAAUUAAAUGUAUUGUUGUUUAUAUAUAUAUAUAUAUAUAUAUAUCACAAAAUGAAACCACACUCCCAGGGCUUUGAUGAAAAAAACAUGCUAGGCUUUAUUUCAACGAUUCGGCUCCUACACUGGGGCCGUCAUCAGGAAGUCCGAGUGCGGUUUCAUUUUGUUUUUUAUAUCUUGGAGUAUAACCAGCACCCAGGCAUUUC